AUCGGGGCAUUCCCUGGAUCUACUACUGUCACAGAAUGAUAUCCUGAGACGCGGAGGCAUCAUACUAUGCCAUUGACGAUGGAUUGUUUCGUGGAGGUCGAGAUGGAGACGAAGACGAAGACGACGACGACUGUCAACGCGUCGAGGAAUGAACGGCCGCCGUUUCCGUAUCACAAGUUCGCAAGGGUCCGAAAUCCGAGAUUGAAAAUUACCCGCCACCGGCCGGGUGGAGCAGUGAAGAUCCGCCCAUCGACAUUCUUCCUUCAGUCAGGGAUCGGCAUCAAGAAAUAGGUGGGUGGUGGGCAGUGCCGUGUUCAGGAAACUCACACAAAUCUCGUCCAGAGGCAGGAACAGCUAUGAUUCUUGAAGCGCAAAGAAAG